UUCAGCGAGAGAGCGAUCCGCGGCAUGGCCCGCGGCGUUUUAGGUUUUGGGCUCUGUAGGUUCAGUUUCUCCCGCCAACUUGACGCGCCGGUUUGAACUGUCGCGGUUGCCGAGUUCCCGCUUAAUUUUGGUGCAAUGGCCAUAACGUGCCUAAUUAAUCGUGGGCCGUCGAGCUACGUGCUCACCGUGUCUGGCGACCACAAACUGGAAGACCUAAAGGAUGCAAUGGCAGCACACUCAUCGCUGCAGUUUGUUGAACACGCCGCUAUCCUGCAGGUGCAUCACAAAACUUUCAACACAUUUGUAAAUGUGGAUGAGAACACCACACUAGAAGACAACUGCAUCAUUAGGGUUCUUGAUGUAUGCAUAAUUGCUGACGGAUCAUCAGAGGAAGCCGUAAGCCUGAAUUCCUCGCUCAGUAGUGAUGCUAUCUCAUGCAAUGAGGUGACCACUGUGAUCUCCAGCUCACAAUGCAACAGUGCAAAAGGAAGGCUGCAGUUUUCCUUUCCAAAGACACCCAUUGAUAUAGAUGCUCGUCUGUGCUGCUGCAGACAGACAGAGGUCCCAGAGAAUCUCCGACGAAGAAUAGUUGAUUGGUUAUGGUUCGAACUCUCGCAGUACACAUUGUACCCUGGCCGUUUGUAUGAAACAGCUGCGAGGGAGCUUGUUCAGCGCUAUCCUCAGCUAAGAGAUGGCUUUGGUGAUGGACAUAUGUCAUGGCAGACAGCAUUAAGGUACAAGGGAAAAAACACGCGCAAGAAAUUGCCUGCAGGCAUUAAAGAAGUGGACGAGCUGCGAGAAAAAGCAAAAAGGCGCAAAGCUUCAAGCACGUGCGAGGAAGACAGCAAUACUAAAACGGCCAAGGUCCACGCACACGAGGACGAGAUCUCUAGCUGGGAUGCCUUCAAGGAGAGGCUCAGUGACCUCUUUGGAAAUCCCACCGGUUGGCAGCUGGCUGCUAGAAUAGAGCUUGCUAACCGAGUUCAGUGUUCUACUGAAUCGUAUCUGUCGUACAUACAAGACGUACUCGCUCUUUGCAGGAAAGUGGACGAGAAAAUGGCCAAGGUUGACAAAGUCAGCCAUGUACUCAAAGGGAUCGCGGACAACACAUUUAACUUGUUGGUCUUCAACAAUGUGUCCACCGUCGAAGUCAUUGUCAAGGAAUGCCAUUGCUUUGAGCUCGCCAAAAGCCGUCACAUCAUUCCACAGUUCUUCCUGCUCCCUAACGCGGCUGCGAUGUAG